AGGCUAUUACACCACAGAUAACAGAAACAGAAUAAAAAAAAUUAAAUUGUAAAUAAAAAAUAAACUUGCAUGUUGUUGUGCGUAAUGUGUUGUGUUAAAAAUUAACUAUUUUACUUGAAAUUUUCCUCGAAAGUAUCUGCUUCGAUGGAUACAGAUAUCCUACUCGAAAAUAAACACUGCUUGUACGAUGAGGACUUCCUGGAACAACUGUCUCUACCAUCAUUGUUGGAUGCAGCAGAUGCAUCUCCAAGUGAGAUAUUGGCUGACGCAGCUCCAAUAUUAGUGCCAGCUAUAUCACCAGUCUUAACAUUUAAGUCUUCUCCAAAUGAAAGCAGCAGCUCUGAUUCAGGCAGUGAGGAUGAUUCCAAAAAUGGUUCCUGCACAUCUUCAAAUAGACAAUCAUCUCUAUCACCAUUUGAAUGGUUGAAUUUCAAAGAUGAACCUGCACAUCCGUUGAGUCCUGAGGAUGUAGAAUUAUUUCUGCAAAAAACAGAUCCAAUAUCAUCAGAAAGUACAAAAGUGGCAGCUCCUGAUAGUGUACCAACAAAAUUAAGAGUUUUAGGUAAAACUAGUCCAGUGAUGGCUAUUGAGAAUGGCAUCAUAAAGGUGGUUAAACAGGAGUAUGAACAAAAUAUUGAUACUAGCGAACUACCUCAACCUAAAGCAAAUAAUAUUAACCACUGCAAUUCACUAUUUAAAGUGGUAAACGAACAUUCCCAAAAUUUCCAUAAAACGGAAGACAGUAAUAUCCUGUAUGUAACUCAACAGAACAGAGUUGCAAGGAUAUUGAGACCCACUGCCCCAGUGAUUGCUAAACCUAACAGUGUCAUAACUGCUGACAGUACAAAUGAUGGAAAGAUUACUAUAUCUCAGCUGGCUCACACAAAACCUAUACAUGUUCAAAAUAUAAAUAGUAAUGGUUAUCAUGGUAAGUCGUCACCUCCAAGAAAUACCAUAGUAAUCAAAACAGAACCUGAAGUCCAUCAUACUAGUAACAUUCAUCAAAGUAUGACUUCUAACAAUAGUGAACUGAUACUUCCCGCUGGCAUAGAUUUGUCGAGGUUAACGGAUACAGAAAUAAAAGCUCUUAAAAAACAACAGAGGAUGAUAAAAAAUCGAGAGUCUGCCUGUCAAUCGAGACAAAAGAAAAAGGAAUAUGUAACAACUUUAGAACAACAACUAUUAGAAGCGCAACAGGAGAUUGCGAAACUUCGUCUCGAAAAUAAGCUUCUAAGGGACCAGUUACAAUCAAACGGCAGGGCUAGAAAGAUUCCCCGGCUUGAUACUUCGAUCUUGAUACCUAAGAAGAACAUUGCGGUUCUUUUUGCGAUGGUUUUUAUGGUGUCACUGAAUUGGAAUGUCAUAGGGUGGAAUUCAAAGCCAUUUACUGGACAAACCAACACUCAUGUUGGAUCUCGCCAUCUUUUGUGGUCAGAAGACAGCAAAGAUGUUAUCUCAGAUUACGAUCAAAUAGCUAAUCGUAGUACCGAAGGAGUUGAUUGCCGGAAUGCUACAAUAAACGAUUUGAAAAUCAACCAAACUGAAAGCAUACGGAUAGCUGGAGAGCUAAAGCGUUGGAUUGGCGGCGGUAAGACUGUAAACUGGACAAACACGCCCAAGAAGAACAAAGUUUAUUUGGAUGAAGAACAAAUAACAGGUGACUUAUUAGCAACAUAUAGACUGUUUAACAAAUUAAAUCUAGACAAUAAUCUAAUUGAUCUCCCUACAAAUAAAAACGGCAGGAACGUUCGAGAGAAAGCCCGUUUGAGAAGGUUAAGGCGGAACAUACCAACAGAUAAGGACAUAGAUUUCUCGGAUGGUGCAAUGUUUUACGAAGGGUUAUACCAUAAACCUAUGAGGAAAACUGUAAAUGAUUUUAAUGUUGAUGACUUUGGUGAAUGGCAUGCACUGCUUCAAGCCCUACAUAGAAGGGACGACACUUUCUAUGUGGUGGGGGUUGGUAAAGGGGAACAUUUAUUGUUGCCUGCAGUGAGCCAUAAUGUAACACGUCCUCCUAAAAUGGCGUUAAUAUUACCAGCAUUAACAGGCAAUGAUUCUCUAAAAGCUGACCACGUGACACUUAUGCAAAUCGACUGCUCCGUCAUCAACACAACCCUCGUUAAGUUAAAAUCUGAAGCAUUACCAGAAAAUAUCAGGAAAACCAAUGUCGAUAGUAUGCCACUAAAUCCCAGACCGGAAAAUAAAAGACCAAAUACAUUUAAAGUAGAUGCUAAUACACCAGAUAUUAUUCAUAACAGAAGUGAUAAUCUGUCCAGUAGAAUAAUUAAUAAAAAUAAUGAUUACGAUUUAGAUGUACAAGUAAAUAAGGAUUUUCUACUCACUCAUCACUUACUUACUAAAUCAGGAGUUUUAAAUAAUAGCUUAGUAGGAGCAAGGGAUCCUAGAACAAAAUUAAGUAAUAAAAAUGAAACCAAGUCAUCAAAGUGACUAGAUAGACAUAAUAAUGUAUUUACAGUAUUACAUUUAUAAAAUUGCAAUAUGUAGAUAAAUAAAUAAAUGGUAACAUAUCUAUUUAGCAAUCUUGGUGCCAAAUAUAGAAAUCAAAGCAAUAAAAAUAUUUCUGCACAACCUUUUGGGUGCUAUGACUAAAUAUUUAAGCCAUAGCAUUAAUUAAUAUCCUUUUAAUAGAUUGUUAUAAUCUAAAAUGAAAUCCUUAUACUAUUGUUGAAUUUACCAGACAUCCAAAUAUUUAUUCAGCACACACGAAACAUUCAUAUUCUUUUUUUUCCGUGUUGAGUAAGUGCCGAUGGCUCCAUGUGGGUCCACUACGGCGUCACCGGGGGGUAUGGGUGAGCGUAGAAGCAUCGCCUGAUGAGACCCGAAGGCUGAAAUAAAGAUAGAGGACGGAAUGACUCUCUAAGGGCGUCUCCAAUGAGACUCGGACCUCUGCUUAGAGGGCCAUUUGGGAGGGUGUAAGCGUGAUCUGAGUGAAUCAGUCCGGACGCCCCCGAGAUCGUGAGUUAGAAAACCCACGUCCGGAUGACGUUAGAUAUCGGGGACCUCGUCUUCGCCGGCGAAGACGCUGUGUUGCUUGUGAUUGUGUUGCCCGGGAAGCAUUGUCGGUCGUCAUGUCAUCGUGUGUGUCGUAAAGGACGUUUUUUGCUCUAUUCAUCACUAUCACUUACCUACCAGUACGACUAUUCUCUAACGAUGUUUUGUAUAACUCGCAAGUGCGAGUUUCGAACCGUUAUCUUUCUCAUUCUAUAGUUUCGUGUUAAACAGAGAGAGAUAUAGGUGAAUUCAAAACUCGCUGUUGCAAGUUAUAAAAAUAUCGUUACAAAAUAGCCUAUCUGUAAUUAAUUUAUAAUAUUAAAACUAAUAUGUAUUUUGAAAUUCUUUAAAUUUUUAAAUGAAUUGUAAUUGCACCUACUAUUGGUCUCUAAAAAUAUUAUUAUAUUUUCGUUUUUUUUUUAUUUUAUGUAGUGUGUAGAGUUUUUAUUUUUACAAUAUGUUGUUAUUUAUUCAGAUUAAUUAUUAUUUUAAAUAAAAAGUUAUC